GAUCAUAGGUCGCUCAAAAGAUAAAACUAAUCGCUCGUGUUGUAACUUUUAUUUAUACUUGGAAUAACUCGAGUAUCAAUUGAUUUGUUGGUAAUUGAUGUGUACAUUUGUGCGAAGUUUGUAAAAAAUGAUCGAGUUCUUGGCCACUUUCGGACUGUUUUACUUAACGGUGGGGCUGCUGCCCUUGCUUGUGUUUAGCUAUUUUGUUUUAAGUCUCAGCCACAAACUUUGGAUUUUCACAAUUUCGAUUCUUCACCCCGAUGUUGAGUUUUUGCGCACUAUAACAGUGCGUACCCUCCUUGACACGCACCGAAAUCAGGGGAUAAUUUCAGUAUUGCUCUGUGUCAAAGGCCAGGCGCAGCCUGAGGCCAUUCGGAGGCAUCUCCAGGAGGUGGUACGAAGGCGCGACAAAUCGGGAAAUUUAACGUUUCCGCGGCUACGCCACUGUCUGGUCACCAGGUGCGGAACGUACGCUUGGGAGCGGGGCAAAUUCGAUUUGGACCAGAACAUUACAGUGGCCCCUUUGAGUUACAAAGGACGGGCAGUUACUGAGUACAAUAUCCAGGAUUAUGUGAGCGAAAUUGUAUCAAAGUAUUUGCCACAGGGGAUUCCCCCCUGGCAAAUCGUUAUAAUCCCCUCGUCCGAGGACCAACAUUACAUUCUGUUGAAAUUGCAUCAUGUUUUGUUGAACGAGGGGCUGAAUAUUGGCGAUUUGUUACCGCUGAUUCCCCCCACCAAACAAGGGGUUUUUGUGACCAAAAGCCCCCUAGUUGAGGUGUUGCCCAAACUGGAGGCAAUCCCCAAACUGAAGCAACGUCUCGGGGAGGAAAUCUCAAACUCGUGGAACGAAUUUAUUUCGAAUUAUGACCCGCUCGAGUGUACCGAGUUGCUUAAAACAACACCAGGUUUUUUUCAAUUGCAGGCAAUUACGUUGGUAGCACUGGUCUCGACGGUUAAGGAGUGUCGUAAAGGUUUUCGAGUUAUCCGAAAUGAUUCCUUCUCUCGGUGUAAAUUUAUAUUUUUGACUUUCAAACGCGAAUGCAAGAAACGUAAAGUGACAUUUACAAAUGUCCUAAAAUCGAUGCUUGUGACUCUAGGACCGAGAAAUCUGCUCAAAUUGUUUGUAAAAUGUGCUGUCAUGUUGGCAACAUGGCCGCUGCGGUUUUAUCUCCGUCUCUGUCGCGAAGUCAUGGCUCUGUAUAACUGUAUUGUUGUGGGUUAUUGUACUUACAACAAUACCAUUGUUGGUACUUUGUAUACUUAUGUACCAUUGGUCUACCUUUGCUUGAGGGAGGUGUUCCAAUACGUUGGUAUUGUGGUUAAGGCGCCGCGUACCAUAAUUGAGGAUAUCCUGCUCCAGAAGGAAUCCUUCCAAACUAUAACUCUUUGUGGGCGAAAAUCCGUCGCAUGGUCCGACUCUGUAAAGCUCGAACUUUUGAGAUCCAUCUCAAAAUCUACAGGAGUCUCCGAAAUUGAGAUACUCCUAGCUGCCAUCUCCUCCUGUAUCUCAAAAUAUUUCAUCCAAACCAAGCACUUGAUCCCCGAUUCUCUCCCAAUCUCCCUCAGGAACAUCAAUUCGAACUACAUUUUCGGGACCGGACCGAACUUAAGGCCUGAGGAUUCGGUCAGCGGCAUUUUAUGCCUCAAUUUACCAAUCCUCGACCCCGAGAAAGAAAUCUCGACUUUGGAGAACCUCCUCGAAGUAAAAACCAACUUCCGGACGAGUUUAGACAAACAAGGCCUAUCACAUUUGCUGAGCUUGUGCCAAACAAAAUUCGGAUUUUUGACAAAAAUCCUACCCUUAUCCCUCCUCUCAGUCUAUUUGCGUUACUUAUCCCGAAAAUACGCCGUUUCUGUGACCGAACUAACCAGCCGCUACCCCAACGUGAGUCAGAAAACCCUCUGGGGGCAAGAAGUCACCAGUGUGAUCUACUGGCGCCCCCCACAGGCCAACUCCAGCGUGUCGCUCUGUCUUAACGAAUACGCCGAUCAUGUCCGAUUGGGCGUAAUGUGUGAUUCACAGCUUGCCCCCCACCACCCGCUACUGGCACGAAGCUUCUCCGAACACGUGCACGAACUCGCACGAGCGGCCGGCGUCAUGCCAACACAAUAAAAAAUCAACAAAAA